UCUAGAAACAAAUCCCACCCAUCCACCUCCUAUUACAAAUAUUAUCUUCUAUGGCUUGGAGUAGAGGUCCAAGUAGUAGCGUCUCCAAGAAAACCAAAUCCUUCAAUAGAAAUCCAUCGAUCCAAAUGGAUGUCUCUCCUCAAACCCAAAUAAAACAGGGAGAAAUCCUCCAUUUCAGUCAUCCAAACCACCCAUUAUCCCUCAUCUCCAUCCCCUAUCUAUUCACUUGCAUGGGGUGCAAAGAAUAUGGUGCAGGACAAAGAUAUAGGUGCAAUCUCUGCAACUUUGAUCUCCAUGAGUUUUGUGCUUUAGCUCCAUCUCACCUACAAAACCAUCCAUUACACCCGAAACACCCGUUGGUUUUCUCCACAAAGCCGUCAACCAGAUUUCUCAAACCAAAGUGUGAAAUUUGCAGCAAAACCACUAAAGGUUUUGCCUAUAGAUGCACCGCUUGUUAUUUUGAGAUGCACCCAUGUUGCUCCAAGCUUUCAAUUGACAUGAAAUACCCAACCCAUGAACACACUCUCAAGCUCUCACCUGCAACUUUAAUGGGUGAUGGUUCUUUUUGGUGCCAGGUUUGUGGUAGAAAACGCUCUGGUUGGCUUUACAAUUGCACCAAUUGUCGUUAUGGGGUGCAUGCAGUUUGUGCAAAAGACGCCAUUAAUGGACUUCACAAAGAGGGCCUCAUUGCACCAAUUAAGCCAAGUGUUUUGGGAGUAGCUGCUCGUUUUGCUUCUCAAUCAGUGCUAGGGUUUAUCGGUGGGUUAAUAGAAGGGCUUGGAGAAGGGGUUGGAGAAGCCAUUAUUGAAAGUGCAGGGAGAGGUCUUGGUGAUGGGAACACAAGACAAAUCAAGGGCUUGACAUCCUAGAAAUCUAGGGUUUUAUGUAUGGCUUGGCAUGUAAAGAGUUGCAUGAAAUUUAGGGUUAUAAGGGUGGAGUGCAUAAUAUUUACUUGAGCAACAUGAAUUGUGCUAAAAUGGUUUGGCAUAAGGCUUAGGGGUGUUCACAUUAAGGCAGAGACCAAAGAGUGGUUAUGGAAAGAUGAUUCCACAGGAGCUUUCUGGGGUAUUAUUUUUUAAUGAUAGAAGCGGGUUUGAAGCCUCUGCACUUUGAAGACUUGGAUCAUGCCUCUACAUCUAGGUGAACACUUCAUAGUUGUUAUUGGUCAUGAAAAAUGGAACUAGAAUAAGGUUUAUUUAAAAUUGUUACAGGAAACUCUGGUAGUGAAAAAGCAUGUUGUAAUGUUAUAUGUUGUAAAAACUGCUGUAAUGUUUGAUGCGGCUUGCACUGAAUGUAUUU